AUGCGCUUCUCAACAGCAACCGCGGCCCUCGCGGCCCUCGGCCCCCUCUCCGCCGCCGCCGCCGAGUCCCCCUUUGAGCAAUACAAAGCCAAAUUCCAAAACUUCCUCUCCAGCUUCUCCGGCAGCGCGGGCAUCCCCGAAGCGGCCGACAACGUCCAAGUACCCAUCCCCAAGCCCAAGAGCAAGACGGUAGAACCCAAGAAGAUCGACACCUUGACUCUGGCCAACUGGAAGGACACGCUUUACGCCCCCGUCCACGCCGAGGCUACCACCCCCGAGGAGUUGCUGGUGCUCAUCACGGGCGGGAACAAUACUUGCUUCUCGGAUAAUGCCGCCCCUUUUCCACUCUCUCGUCCCUCAAACUCACAAUCAACUGACCCCUAUGAAAUUUCCAGGCCGCUGCGACAAACUCGACACGGCCUUUUCCCAAUCGGCACUCAAACUCGCCUCUACUCAAACCAACCCCCGAUAAUUCUCCACUUUGCCAGUGUGAAACUGCGCACGACGAGUCGCGUGAUUCGCGUCAUGGCAUACUUCGUGUGGCUCUGGCACUGCUCACGGGCGUGA